CACCAUUUCUAUAAAAUUAUUAUCAUAUUUCCUGUCACUGGACUGAUACACUCGAUUAAAUUUUUCAGUGAAUUACAUCGAAUAUUUUGACGCUUCAUUAGUGCUAUUAUUGCUCAUUCAUAAGCUAUGACUACACAUUUGAAAUUUGCGCCUGAUAAUUAGAUGCAAUCCUGAAAUAUCAUUUGAAAAUAAAUAUUUACAAAUAAUUGUACGAUUUUAAAUAUCAUAAUUUAUUGGUCCAAAUUCAUAAAACAUAUCAUGAGUAUACGUAUUAUGUCGAGAAUUUUUCACAGUUUAAAUAGAUAUGUAGUAUUAGAAGAAAUGAAUUAUUUAUAUUGUCAAGUAACUUUCAAACAGGCUAGGUCAAUUUUUUUUUCGUCAUGAAAAACUGAUUCUUAUCAACAAGGAUAACCAGAAGGUAACAAGAAGUACAUUUGAAGAAGUACUUUCCUCACAUAUAUCAACAAUUUUUUAUUAAUAUAAAUAGUUCUAUGAAAAGUGAAAAAUUGAAUGGUGCGAUUUUCAUACCAAAAGUGUCAAAAAUCAUUUAAUAUAUUAUAGAUAUACAUACAUUGUCAUUGAUACGAUGGGAGAUGAAAUUAUUACGUUAAUACUUGGAAAUGAUAGUUUUAAAGUCGAUAAAAAAAGACUUAUUAAUAAAAGUCAUUAUUUUGAUUGUCUUUUCUCUCCAAAUUUUUACGACUCGCGAAACAAAGAACAUAUUAUAAAUUAUGAUAUUGCUUCAUCUACCUUACAGAAUUUUAUUGAAUGGAUUCAUGACGAUGAAAGAAUAAUAAUUGAACUUAGCCAUUUCAUUAAAUCUUCAAUGGUGAAGUAUAAAACAGAUAAUUUUAUAGAUCUUUUAAAUUUAUUACAAUUGGCUGUGCUUUUCAUGACUGACGAUUUAAUAAGUGAUAUAACUGAUAUUAUCAUAUUAUAUUGGUUGAAUCCGGAAAAGGUAAUUGAUGUCUGGUUAUUGGCACAAGAGUUGGCUAUAAGUUUAUUGACUGAUGUCUGUUUGUCAGUAUGCUUAGAUCGUUUUAUAGAUUUACCCAUUAGUUCUUUGAUCGAGCUACCUAUUAAGAAUCUCAAACAGUUAAUUGAAAAUAUUAAUGUUAGGUCAACAACAAAAUACUCGCAUUAUAUAUUGCACGAAUGGAUGGAUCAUAAUACAGCUUCUACAAUUAAUAAUAAUGUAAUAAAUAUACCAUUGAGAAGAAACUCUAAAUUUAUACAAUAUAUGAUUGGAUAUAAAUUAGAAAAUGGUAGUAACAAGAAAGGAUAUAUUUAUUGUUGGGACGGUAUUCAGUUAUCCGAGUUAGUAGAACUAAAAUAUCUAAAAUGUUCUGGAAGGGAUUUAAUAGGUUUACAAGUUACUGGCAGAGGAUUUAAUAUAUAUCUUGUUGGUGGAGAAUAUGGUUUAGGAACUGGUCAAUUUAAUCAAAUAAUUUGGCGAUAUUGCCUUAUAUCUAAAAAAUGGUAUUAUUUUGCAAGACUUCCUAGCCCAAGAAGACAUAUGAUUGCUGGAUUUUUAAGUAAUUGUUUGAUUGUGGUGGGUGGUGUGGGACGUCAUCGUUUAAAACUAUCGUCAGUUGAUAUCUUGAAUAUACAUACAGGUAAAUGGACAAAAGCUGCAGAUGUACCUGAAAAUUUUACCGAAGUGCCACAUUAUAGUAUAAUGAGAAAAAAAUUGUUUUUGUUGCGAUCAUCUCUUUAUAUAUUCUAUCCAGAACUUGAAUCAUGGAAAACUAUUAUCUUAGAGAAUAUUCCUUUGCCUAUAGCACAUCAUUUUAUGGCAUAUGGACUCGUAAUAUUUAUGAUUAGAUAUAAUGGAAGAGUUUUGUCCAGAAUUAGUAAUAUACAAGAAAAAAUAUGUGAAGAUUGCUUACAAUUGUACAAAGAUCAUGCAAUGAUACAUACUAUGAGUGAUGUGUAUCCGUCAAUUGGUUUAUUCAUUCCUGGCAUAGGGUUUUUAUCAAUAUUAUCCAAAAAAUGUCAAUCAUGUAGUUAUUCAUAUUUACAAACAGAUGAUAAAACAAGAACUGAUCCAGGGAAUCUAAUUUUAGAUCCUAGGCUAGGAAGUUUUUAUACAAUUGAUCCAAAAACAUUGUGCGAGGUAUCCACAUUAGGUAACUUGUAAUAUAUUUUUUUAUUAUAAUUAAUACUUUAACACCAAUGUUAAGUUUGCCUUCGGUUAAAGUAGAUAUGAUAUGAGAAUUAUUUUGAUUAUAACAAUCAUUAUGAAGGAAUAUAAAAAGAUAGAAA